AGUUAUUUUGUCGUUCGACAAACUUGCAAGGUUAAUGAUUUUUGUUUCUGUGCUCGAAAUUUUAUCAAUCGUUCUGACUCGUAAUAAAAAGUACCCAAAGAAAUUACAACAAUGUUAAGUUUCAUUACUAAUGAUAGUUAAAGUGUAGAAGUAAUGGUACCUUUGGAAUACUUUCUUGUUGAUUAAAAAUUAUUGUCAGUACUAUAUUUUCCGGAAAAUAGCAAAAUGGCAGAUCAAAUAGACAAUCAGCCCAGUCCAGUUCCAAGAAGACCUGGUAUGCAGAACAUCGAUUUCUCGCAGGCCAGCAAUUCAAAUGCGUUCUCUUUUAGACCUUUAUCUGGGGGCGAUAAAGGGGGGGUUACGCCUGCGACUAAUCGCCCCAAAAUGAGCUUGCCUCCUGUGACAAAGGCAAAAGAGCCACCUAUAGUUAUACGUGAAACCAAACUGAAACCUUGUCCCCCUUCGAUGACCUCUGUAGGAAAGCUUCAGAUCAAGGGUCUUAGCUACGACUUCACCUCCGAGGAUCUUCAAGAUUUAGGCGAGAUCGGCAGAGGAGGUUUCGGUACUGUAAACAAGAUGAUUCACAAGGCGACAGGCACGGUCGUGGCAGUUAAGAGGAUCAGAUCCACAGUCGAUGAAAAGGAACAGAAGCAAUUGCUCAUGGACUUGGAUGUUAUCAUGAAAAGUAGCGAAAACAAAUAUAUUGUUCAGUUUUAUGGAGCGCUUUUUAAAGAGGGUGACUGUUGGAUAUGCAUGGAAUUGAUGGACACUUGCCUAGACAAAUUUUACAAAUUCAUCUUCGAGAGAUUAAAAACUCGAAUCCCAGAGCCGAUUCUAGGAAAAAUAGCGUUAGCGACUGUAAAUGCACUGAACUAUCUCAAGGAAGAACUCAAUAUCAUCCAUAGAGAUGUCAAACCAAGCAAUAUUCUUUUAGAUAAGAGAGGUAACAUUAAACUUUGUGAUUUCGGCAUUUCGGGACAGCUGGUGGACUCCAUCGCGAGAACUAAGGAUGCAGGAUGUCGGCCAUAUAUGGCGCCUGAGAGAAUCGAUCCUCAAACAGCAAGAGGCUAUGACGUAAGAAGCGACGUGUGGUCGUUAGGAAUAACUUUAAUGGAAAUAGCUACCGGUCAUUUCCCCUACAAAAAGUGGACGAGCGUGUUUGAUCAGCUUCACGAAGUCGUCAACGGGGAUGCACCCAGGUUAUCCACUAGCCAUAAUGCCAACACUUUCACAGCAGAGUUUGUAGACUUCGUGAACACCUGUCUAAUUAAACAAGAAAAUCAAAGGCCGAAGUAUAAGCAGCUUCUCCAGGAUCCAUUUAUCCUCAGAGCGCAGAAAGAAGAGAUAGACGUGGCAGCUUACGUGACUGAAAUCAUGGACGAAAUGGCGAACAACGGCAUCAGCGCAUUUACCACAAAUCUACAAUGAAAACUAUACAUACUUUCAUAAUGAAGGCUAGAAGCCUAUAUGAGGAAGCCUCAUUAAUUUAGGGACAUCCUUUUUUGAUGUUCUGUACGUUAUUCUGGAACUUAAAAAAAAGCAGUACGUUAUCAAUUGAUCUACAGGUCUUUUUGGUUCAUUUUGUUGUUAAACAGUGAUAACAUACGGAAUAUCUCGAAAAUCUCUUGAAGAACACCAAAAAUAGCAUAGUGUUAAACCUUUUUACGUUUUUAUGUUUUUCUUGUGAAUAAACCAUCAGAAUAAAAAUAAAUGAUGGUAAUAAAAAUGUAGGUCUGUUUAAUUUUUGUUGCAUUAAGAAGUUUAUUAUUGGUCUUCUCGUUGCACGACAUCCCACAUAAAAUUGUCAUUUUUACGUUGCUGUGUAACGUUGUUUUUCCGGUAGUCCCUGGAAAAAACGUUUUAUGCAACAUGUGUUACAUACUUUCAGGCACACCUUUGAACAAAUUUCUGAUAGUUUUUUUUUGCUUGGACUAUAGUCAUUCAGCCAGUCUCAAUCAAAAGUAAAUGUAUUAAAGAUAUUGCCAAUUAGUGAAACAUGGUUAUUAUAAUAAUAUUACAUUGUUUUACUUCUUAUUUUACCUACUCAUUACAGCUAAGGUACAUACUAUGUUAAUAAAUAUAUUAUAAUACCUAAUGUUUAUCAAGAACACAUAGUGUAUACAUUUUACAAAUAAAAUUAUUAAUGUUAAUAUUUAAAAUAAAUGCAUUCUUUUUUGUAUUUUUUUUGUUUUGUUUUUUUUUGUCACUACGAUAAGAUGUCAACCCGGUUCAACCCCUCGGAGGUUUAAAUCCUCUUAGUAAUUUUUUUUCUUUAAUAUUUUUUUAUAUUUUUUUGUAUUUUUUUAGUUACUAGAUUAUUUAAGAUAGUAGAUUUUUUUAAUUUAAUCAUUUUUUUUUUAAUUUCUUUUUUGUUUAAUUUUUUCAAUUUUUUUUUAUUUUAUUUUUUAAACAUAUUUUACAAAUACCGAUAACUAAUUACAAUAAUAUUUUACUGUCCGACAAGAAAGAUAUCAAUCAAAAAAUUUCUUUUUAUUCAGUGACAGAAUAAAGAGAAUAUUUACAGGGAGUGGGAUGUUCUGGUCUAUAAUUCUUUUAAUCAGGUGAUUGGUUAGGUGAUUGAAAAAAUAUGUGGUUCAAGUCACUUUUAACCUCACAUUCUUGACAAAUAUUCGAAUCGAUGUUUAUUUUAAAUAAAUUGUGCAGGAUAACAUGCAUAUCCAAAUCUAAUUCUACUGAUGGUGGAUAUGUAUUUGCGAGGGAGGGUGAAAUUAUUAUACCAAGGUUUUUCCGGAAUAAUCGGUUGUAUCAAACUGUAUUGUGUUGUUGAUAUGCUACAGUACCUUUCCCAGUGUGUUUUCCAGUUCUUCAUCUGUUCAGUUCUUAAACAAGCAAAAGCAUCUAGAAUGUUAAUUCGCUUAUAGUCGGAAAAAUGAAAGAAUACCCAUGAACGAACAUAUAAAACACGUAUUUUCCUGUCACCUUGUCAGACAAAAAAUUGGCCAGCGCAAGUACAUGUAAUAAUUAUUGUUACAUGUACUUGCACUGGACAAUUUUCUUUGUGACACGGUGACAGGAAAAUACAGCGUGUUUUAUGUUCGUUCAUGGGUAUUCUUUCAUUUUUCCGACUGUAACUGAGAUUCAUUUUGAUUCGCUUAACUGAGAUUCAGAGUAGGAAACAUCAUCAAUCAGCCAAUUGCAUCCACUGGUGGACAUAGGCCUCCCUCAGUUCUUUCCAGUGUUCUCUACACUUGUUCUCAACACUCUUCCAGUGUUGUAGCCAGUUUUCCGCUUAAACCAAGCGUUUCCGUUUUAAACCAACUGAUUUUUUGAGAAAAAAACCUGGUUUUUUUAUUGAGCCUCUAAACUGGUGUUUUUGUUUAAAGUUUUUAAUACAGCUGCCGCAAAUGAAGACAAUUAAGAUAAAUAAAUAAAAAAAAUUACUUUCAUUUUGAAUAUUAUUACGUUUAAAGAUGUUUUUUUUUUGUUAUAUUAAUUUUUUGUGUGUGCAAAUAAAAAUAAAAGUUGUCUUAAUCAUUUUUUUCAUUGUUUAUUACUAUCAUUUUAUAAAAAAAUGUAUUAUAUUUUAUUUAAUCUACUUUUUUAUUUUAUUAUUAUAUUAUUUUAUUUACUUAUUAUAUUUUGUAUCAAAUAAAUCUGAUUUAAACCAAAUAAACCUGGUUUAAACCAAAAAACCUGUUUUUUGGUUUUUUUAAAAAACCUUGGUUUUUGCCAACCCUGUAUCUCAGUUCCACUUAAGUGUCGUACCUCUUUCGAUGACGCACGUCUUGAACUCCUGAUAUUUGCCUGAUUUGUUGGUUUGUUACACAAACAUGUUUUAUUUUAUUAUGUUCUUAGUAAUAACUGUAUGAUAAUAAUAAGCAAACAAAUAAAAAAUUUACCACUCCAUACAAGUUUAACAUUAUCGAAUAAUCGAUUUGAAGGGUACACGGGAAAAACCGGCUAAGUUCAUUUUUGUAGAAAUGGCGUUUUUUACGCUAUCUUUUAGUAAAUUCCCGUUUGCAUCUUCUGAAACCUUUAAACAAAUCAAUAACAAGACAAGUCACGAGAAUAAACCGAUAAAUAUAUGCCCAUAGACGAGAAAAAUAAGUCCACGCGGUACAGGAAAAAACAAACUAAGUCCAAAAUAUCGAGACGCGACGGCUUCCUUAAUUCGGUAUCAAUCAGACGGUCAGUCGUAAUAACGCCCAUUUUGUGUUAGGUUAUGUUUAGUGCAUUUUGAGUUAUUUUAUUUUCUUUAAUCCAUGGAAUUAAAAAAUUAGUAAAAAGCAAUUGUUUUUUUUUUUAUUGAACAGGGAAAAAAGCGGCCAAGUCACUACCCUUUCAUAUACAGUGCUGGAUUCCCAGGGCUGGAAUUAAUAUAGCAAAUUUAGGCUAUUCGCAGAAUGUGAAAAAUAUACCUUCUUUUAUAGUUUUUUUUUUAGAAGUCUAAGACUCGAGCUAGCGACAAAGAUAGAACAUCCAAUAACUCAAAAUGGUUAAUAUGUGACUUAGCCGGUUUUUCCUGUGUACCCUUCAUUUAUAAUCGAAAUAUAUCGAAUAUCAUAUCAUUCGAAUAUCCGAUUGAAAACAGAUAACCGCUCAAUAGGGCUUUUCAUUCACACUCAUUUGUUUCGAGCUUCUGUAAUGUGUCACAUAAUAUUAAUAUACCUACGUCAUACGUUAUUGUUAUAUUAUAAACCAAUGGUACAAACCAAAGACGUAUGACGUAGAUAUAUUAAUAUUAUGUGACACAUGACAAAAGCUCGAAACAAAUGACAAUCGAUGAAAAGCCCUAAAUCAUUACAACAAAGAUACAAAAAAAUAUUGACAGACUUACAUUUUUUAUUUCCAGUAAUUAAUAGUAGAAGCAUAUAGCUCGUUUAUAUUAAACAGGUUCUCAAAUGAGUUAACACAAUAAUUAUUGAUUAAAAAUUACUGACAAGUUUUGUAUUUCGAUAAACCAGACAUGUCAUAUGCUUGACAUAUGCCAAAAUAUCAAAUUUUGGUAAGACUGAGAAUUUUUUCGUGACGUCAUCGCCUGUUUUUAAUAAACGAACUAUACUCGAUACCUGUAUGAAAAUAUCGUAUAAAAUUUGUCACGCACGGGGAGCUGUACUAUAAUAUACAUAUACAUUAUCUCUCAUAUAUUGCAUCUCAUAUCGCUCACUAUAGUAGCCUGCAGGCUCACUCAUGACUAUAGUGAGCGAUAUGAGUUAUAAUAUACCGGGUCGUGAAUCGUAAAAUGGGCCAUAGGAAACUCGAUGUAAAAUUUUAAACUGUUGAAUUCCUGCUUCUCUAAUUAUUUUACAUCAAAAGUCAUGAGAAGCCAUUUGUAGAGGAUUGAAAUCUAUUAAAAAAAGUUAAAAUUGUUCUACGAUUUAAAUACAUUCCAAAAUUUAAAAAAAUAUAAUUUGCCACCGUAGGUAUGUGUGUGAAAGUUAUGCCACACGUUACUAUUUAACUGACAGUGCGCAUUGGCUGAAUAAAACAUCUUUAUUAUUAAUACUUUCUCCUCAACUGAGGGUAUCUUAUCAACUUUAUUGUUUUUAAACAAUAAAUGAUAAAAUAAAAAUAUUGACAGUUCAAAAAUGUGAAAAUAAUAACUUCAUUGUGACACAUUAUUGCACUGUGUGUGACCUAAUAUUCGGCCGAAAAACUGAAAAAUGUAUUAUAUUAUUACAAAAUUUUUAAAUAUGUUUAAUUGGUAGAACAAUUUUAACAGUUUUUUUCAAUACAUAUUUCAAUCCUCUACAAAUAGUUACUCAUGUCUUUUGAUGUAAAAUAAUUAGGGAAGCAGGGAUUCAACAGUUAUGGAUUUUACAUUGAUUUUCCUAUGGCCCGCUUUGCAAUUCACCACCCGGUAUAUUAUAGUUUAGCUCACGUGCGUGACAAGCUUCACAAGCUGACGAAUGACUUGUUAUAGCAUCGACUGAAAGAUAAAGUUAACAGGUAAUUGAUGAGCAGUUAGUAAUAUGAGGUUUUCAAUGUUUUUUUUUUCGUUCGUCAUCUUAGAAAUAUAGUUGUUGAGACAUCUCAGGUGAUGUAACAUAUUAAAAGAAUCCUGUUAGCAUUAUUCAUUAGGUAGGUAUCCUUUUCCCUGUUGAAUCAUAAAACUUCUGUAUUAGACCUCAAAUUUAUUAAUUUUUGGGGCUCCAGAAGGCUAAGAAUGGUUGUUGUAUUCAAUUAGUUGCCGACUGAUACGUUACUAGAAGUUUUAACAAAUUUGGGCGCCACUUAUUCAUUACAAUACUUCAUCUUCUUCUUCUUGUGGUGCUUGCUAUCUGCUGUAGUGGAGGUUAGCGACUACACUGGCAAAUACAGCUGUCCAAUGCGACUCACAAAUAUGUUGAAUCAAGGCCGGUCCAAUCUCUGAUAUUUUUAAGCCAUGACAUCUGGCGCCUACUGUGACCCCGUUUUUCUUCAAUUUUCUCCUGGAUGAUCAGUUGCGCGAGGCGGUACUUUUCGUCUCUCAUCCCUAAUAACAAAAAACAUUCCAUGUGUGUUCCGAGAAUGUACACACAGGACAUUGAAAACAUUCCUGGAAUGUCCUCAAAAGCACAAGAACGUCCCUAAAUGUCCCAGGAAAGUCCUGUGUCAGCAUUUUAAACAUUCCUUGAAUGUCUUGUUGGAACAUUCCAUGAAUGUCUACGAAUGUUCUCUGGACAUUCACAGUAUAUUUUUUAGACAUUCCCUGGAUAUAGUCGCUGAUGUGACAUAAUACCUCCGAUUUGUUUUUUCAUGAGUUUUGUAAGAGAGACUAAAAACUUUUUUUACAGUCACCUCCUGUUUUCAUGAUAUUUUUUGACAUGUUUUGUAGUAAAUUCAACUAUCUAUUUACUACAAAACAUGUCAAAAUUUACAUGUGAAAACAGGAGAUGACCCUAAAAAUAGUUUUUCGUCUCCUACAAAAUUCAUGAAAAAGCAGAUAGGAGGUAUUGUGACAUCACCGACGAUAUACCAGAAGUAUAUGUGGCCAUACCAAAUAUUACAUCCUUGAUAAAUAUAAACAUUUUUAUUGCACAAAAUCUUGUCAUAUAUUUUUUUCCAUAAUCAUCACUACGAUGAUGAUUCAUUGUAUUGAAUUAUACAUUACAAUUACAAUCUGGUCAUAACUGACCAAUGACCAAUUUAAUUUAACCUAAAUUACUACUGUUCCUUAAAAUGAAGAGCUUACCCCAUAGCGUCUCUUAUCUAAUCUAACAAGAUCGUGCACUAUUUUAACACACAGACACACAAACACUAUGCUCUGCUUUUCACUAUCACCUAUCACUCAAACUAGUUCAAAAGGCUUUGUCCUCUUCAAUCUUUUAGUUUGCCCAGUAGUAUCGAGGAGCCUGGAUUUCCUCAAUAUUCGCGUACUUAUGAAGUUGUUGCUCGUGACUUCCUGCCAUCUUCUUGAUGAUUAUAUCCAGGUUCCAUUCCUAGGUCCUUAUGGAGAUCACUGUUUGUCACAUACCAAGGAGCAUCUACAAUAUUUCUCAGUAUUUUGUUCUGGAAUCUUUGUAUAAUUUUUAUAUUACUUGGUCUAGUAAGUACACCCCCAUAGUGGGCAUCCAUAAGUCCAUACAGGUCUUAAUAUUUGUUUAUAAAGUAAUAACUUAUUAUGUAUCGACAAUGUGGAGUUUCUUCCAACUAGCCAAUACACUUUUUACAUAUAUCUUUCUUUUGCCUUUCAUAGCCACAAGGCUACGUUUCCUUCCUGGUUUUUUUGCAGAACACUUUCAGCUGAUUCUAAAAAAAAUUAAAAUGAAUGGUAAUUUUUCUAUUAUUUACAAUUAAAAAUCAAAAAAAUAGGUACUAUUUACAGGUUAUAAUAUGCAUAAAUAAUUUGUUUAAUAAAGAAUAAAGAAAAUUGAAAACGGAUUUUAUAAUACUUACAUAAUUGUUUAAACAAAAGAGAUCCAGUCAGAGCAAAACUAACAUACAGAACAGCAAACAAAAGCCUCUAAUUCUAAUUUCCAUUUUACAUUCAAUCAUAAAUUUUUAGGUUAUCAUGAAAUGUGAAAAUGUGAUGACCACGCGGCACGCAACCUUACAUAGAACACGCGCGGCAAAUUUGAAAAUGAACGCAAAUUGAAUAGUAAAUGGCCUCACUUAAAAUAUAGGACAUUGGUAGUAUGUUCAUAAAUGUCUUGUGGUAACAUUCCACCAAUAAUUUAAUAAGAUGUUCACCGAAUGUUCCUUGAAUGUCCAGGACAUUCAAACAUUAAUAGAACUUUGAUAGUACAUUCCUGGAAUGUUUUGUGUUGUUAGGGAUGUGUCCCAGGUAGCUAAAUUUUCCAACUUUGAUGAUCUUUAGCAGCUCCCUAUCUGUACCUAUUUUCCUCGGUAUAUUUUCGUUGGUUGCGAGGGUUGUCCAAGGUAUUUGCAAGAUCCUUCUAUAAACCAAGAGUUUUAUAAACUUCUAUCUUAUUCAUCAGCGUUGUUGAACGUCCAGGCCUCCGUUCCAUACAAGAGUACUGACCAUACUUAAUAAGUGACUGAAUUCCAUAGGAAAUGAGACGAUUGUAUUUGGUUGAUGACUUAUUGAGCCAUUUUAAACAUUUUAGACCAUGUAGAAGGCAUAAUUGUGAGUAAAUUCAAAACGGGAGUCGCUAACACAGAGAAAGAAGGUAGGCAUAGGAUACUUUGUAUUAAAGGUCAACAGAUUUUGGUUUUGAUACUUGUGUGUAUCAACAAGAUCUGAGAUUUAAAUUAGCAGGACGUGUGUUGUCUAGAACUAAAAAGUCAGGGGAUUGCUUCACCAGAAAGAAGCUAAAUACGGAAGAUGGUUCCAUAAAUAGUGUCGAAAGCUCGAUAGACAUGUUUUCUAAAUUACUUAGUUCUUAACAGAUAACCAUCUAAUAUAUUAUUAUAAUGUUCCUGUUUCUUAUACUUUGCGUAGAUUUUUUUACUAUUUUGUAAAUACACUUCUUAGAAUACAACCAAUAUACAGAUUAAACAAGAAGUUUUAUGGUUUAAUAGGACACUUAGAUGGUUUUGGUCGCUUAGUUAGACAGAUACAUUGAUAAAAACACUUGCCAUUUUAGAUCGUCGGUAUACAGGGUGGAGAUUUUUUGAAUAUUCAAAAAAUAGUCACAUAACUGUUUUUUCCUGUAUUAUAUACUCCAAAAAGAAAAAUAAUAUAUAAUAUCUAUUGAUGAAAAAGGGAACGUAGUAGUUGCAUACCUUAUGGCGGCGUUUUUUAGUUUUACUUUGCUUGUAUUGCCUAACUUCAGGCGGAAAUGUUAACAAUUUUCAAUUAAAGAAUAAUAGAAAUUAUUAAUAAAAGAUGGGGUUGUCAUCUGGCGGAGUUUUCCAACCUUUGGGACAUGUUUUAAAGCUGCCCAGCUUCAGGCGAGAGAUUAACAAUUUUAUUUGAUCAUGAAAACAUAUUAAAGAAAUACCAUAGAUCGCUCUGCACAAAUUUCCACCUUGUAUGCCGCAAAUAACAAGAAAAGAGAAAAAUUGUUAUAAAUAAACAAUUUAGUGCAAUAAAUAAAAUCGACAUAAUUCUUCCUAGGUAAUAGAUAGGAACACUUCCUCAUUUUAUAUCUUACUUUGAGUUUUAGCAAACUAAAGUCUGUAAAAAAAUUGCGUAUGAAUCAAAAAUAUAACUUCGAUAUUAUCAACUGUCCAAUUACAUACAUGUAUUUGACGGGCUUUUUCAAUGUUGUGAGAUAAAGUACAUACAAUAAACGGAAUAAAGAAAAAGUAUGUUUAGGCUGAAUGGUUUAUUACAUUUACAACAACUUAAUAUCGUCCUAUUAGAGGUAAAACUAACUAACUACACUUUUCAGAAAGUGGAGAAAAAUUGAUUUAAAGGUACAAAUUGUUUUUUAAAUUCACCUGACUUGAAUAUUGAAAUUUUUUAAUGCAAUUUUAAAAAAAUUAAUAAAAACCGAUAUUUUAAGCCAUAUUUCGGCACAGGAACUAUGAUACAAUCAAUAUUAGAUACAUUUUUGUACUUAAUGAGUUUUUCCAUGAACACAAUUAUUGGAUAUUGAUAUCCUAUUAGAGGUAAAACUCACCAACUACACAUUGUACUUGAUGAGUUUUUCCUUGAACACAAUUAUUGAAUAUUGAGAAGUUAAUGAAUUUGUCUCCAUAAAAUUUCGCUGACUUACAACAAACGAAAUAUCAGAAAUAACAGUCUAUUAUUUAAAAAAUGAACAAUAAGUUUCGUUCUUCGAAAAUAAAUGCAAUUCUUUCGGCAUUUAUGACAGCCACAAAAGUCGCCUGCUUAAUUGCAAACUAGAUUAUGUUACCCUUUAUGUAAGCUAUCACGGUUAUAAAGAAAUUUAAUUUCAUAUUUCUUAAUCGCCGAACAAAUAAUGCACACAAAUAUAAUGUACCUACAGUUUCAACAAUACAAUGUAACACCCAAGUCGCCGCUUAAUCGCAAAAUAGAUUAUGUUAUCUAAUGUAUUGUUUGAAGGAUCAGUAAGUACCGAUUCGGCAUUCCAGAUUGUAAGGAAAAAUUCACUAAGUGCAAUAAUAAGUUUUAAUGAGUUUUACCCUGAAACCGAAAUUCACAAUAUUGCACUCCAUAUUUAAAGGAAAAAUUCACUAAGUGCAAUUAUACGCUUUAAUUAGUUUUGCCCUGAAGCCUAAAUUCACAAUAAUGCACUUAGUGAAUUGUACCAUAAAUUAUCUCAGAAAAUAGAAGGGUUAGAGUUAGAGCCCCAGGUGACUUCUCUAGAGCUGGGCAGUACCGUAUUGAGUUCAAAUUGAUGAAAAUGUCAAAAUCUCAAAAAAGUGCACUUAGUGAGUUUUACCUCUAAUAGGACGAAUGUGAAUUAGAUCAGGAAGAAAUAUCCCUGUACAUUUUUUUAUGAACCAUGGAUUUCGUGAAAAUAUCUCAAUUUUGAAGAAUAGAUUAAUUAUUCUUGUUUAUCCUAAGCACUUUAAUAAUACUAAGAGCGGUUUUGAACCAGAAACAUUUUCUGCACAAACCGAUUAUUGAUACGACUAUAAAAUUAUUUCAUGCGAUUGAUUCAACGUACUCAUUUCAAUGAAUGCCUCAACGUACUUCUUUUACAGACUUUAGAACACUGUAGUGUACAAGGAAGUGUCACAGAUUGUACAAUUGAUUACAUUCUAAAGGAAUUUCUACCAGUUAUUUAGUCUUAAAGGUUUUUGUUUAAAUUUUACUGAUAUUUGAGGUUAUGUUAUUUGGUACUGUUGGAUUUUUCCCUAGAUUCUAAAUCAUAGAUUUAUGCAAAUCACUUAUUUGGUAACCUUAAGUAUCAAUAAAAUCUUUAAUUCCAAGUCUAUGAGACCUUCAAUGGAUUUCUUGAACAUGAUCUGACAAAAGUCUCUAAAAGAGGCCCUUUAAAAAACAUGUUUUACAAAAUAUUCCUCGGCAGUAGUUUUUUCGAUACUGUAACUCAUAGAAAAAUAUUCUUUUUAGAGGUUCUAGUAUAGUUGAAGCAUUUUUAACAGGCACUUUACAAUAUGUGACACUUCUAGAUGGAUUUUCCAGUUUUUAUCAGACUAACCCUCAAGUAGUUACAAAAACGAGAAAGAAUAUACACCAAUAAAAAUAAAAAGUCCAUUUUGUAUAUAUUAGUCAUAAAUUUUAUUAUUUUAAGCGAUAUAGUUUCUUAGUGUAUGUUUUGUACGGUAUAUUUUAACUUGUCGCUUCUAAAUGAUUGAAGACAUUUCAAAAACCCUCAAGUUACAAACGAAUACGGGUGUAAAACAGGAUAUUUUAGUUCCAGUAUUACUUCUUAAGUCUAGAUAUCAAAUUUAUAUAAAACCGUCGUAGCGGAGUCUGUAUCUGCCUGUUUUUGUUGAUUUCUGCACUUCAGGAAUAAAACUGGGAAGUUUGUAGAGAAAGAUUUGGUGUUGCAUACAUUCAGGUUGAAGUUUUUUAUGUUGCUUACUUUCGGGCGAAAGUUUUAAUAAUUUUCUGGUAAAAAUGUUCAUACUUUUUUGCUAAGUGUGAGAAAAACAGUCCACUAUAAACAAAGUAUUUAUAGUAAUUAAAAUAAUAAUAACCUUGCAUAGAAAUCGGCCCACUUAAAAAUUUGGUCAUUUUUGAUGUCUAAUAUUUCCUAAACCUGUUGGCCGAUUUAAGUGAUUUUUUGAACAUGUUAUAGCCUGAUUCUUUAACAAUACGACUGUAAUAAUAUUGUUGCUAAACAGCUAAAUUUUUAUUGUAUACCGGGUGUACCAAUCAAACUGUGUUUUUUUCUCAAAGUUCGCAUCACCCUGUGCAAUAUUCUAGCAUUUAUAAAAUACUGAAAGUAAAACUCAACUAUAGCCUCAGGUUUUCGUAACAUUCUGUUUUUGAUUCAUUCGUUUAUGUUGAAUAAUAAAAAAGCAAGGUACUUUAACAACUAGACAUGUUCUUCAUCAAUACACGGUGUUUCUAAAUAAGUACGACAAACUUUAAGGGGUAAUUCUGAAUGAAAAGAUAAUGACAGUUGGCUUUAUAAACGUAUGUCCGCAAAUGUUUCGUUUCCGAGAUACGGGAUGUUGAAAUUUUUCUUAAAAACUGACGAUUUAUUUAUUACUUUAAAACCAGUUGAGAUAUGCGAAUGAAAUUUGGUGAGUUUUAAGAGAGAGUUAUUGCGGAUUUUUUGACAUAAAAUUAAGAAUUUUAUAUUCACCAUUAGCGUGCAUACGGGUAAUAUGAUCGGUCAUAUUACACGUAUGCGCGCUAAUGGUAAAUAUUAAAUUCUUAAUUGUAUGUCAAAAAAAUGUGCAAUAACUACGUCUUAAAACCCACCAAAUUUCAUUUGCAUAUCUUAACUGGUUUUAAAGCAAUAAAUAAAUCGUCAGUUUGUAAGAAAAAAUCAACAUCCCGUAUCUCGUGAACGAAACAUUUGCGGACAUACGUUUAUGAUGCAAAUGGUCAUUAUUUUUUCAUGCAGAAUUACCCCUUAAAGUUUGUCGCACUUAUUUAGAAACACCGUGUAUUGAUGAAGAAGAUGUCUAGUUGUUAAAGUACCUAACUUUUUUAUUAUCCAACAUAAACGAAUGAAUCAAAAAACAGAAUGUUAGGAAAACCUGAGGCUAUAGUUGGGUUUUAAUUUCAGUAUUUUAUAAAUGCUAGAAUAUUCCACAGGGUGAUGCGAACUUUGAGAAAAAAACACAGUUUGAUUGGUACACCCGGUAUACAAUGAAUAUUUACCUCUUUAGCAACAAUAUUAUUACAGUGGUAUUGUUAAAGAAUCAGGCUAGAAGAUGUUCAAAAAAUCACUUAAAUCGGCCAACAGGUUUAGGAGAUAUUAGACAUAAAAAAUGACCAAAUUUUUAAUUAUGCACGUAAUAUUGUAAAACACUGUUGAAAAAUUACCGAAAAAAUAAAUAGAUAUUGCAAAAAAUGUCUUCACUUAUUUGGAAAAGCAUAUGGUAAUAGUAUUUUAUGUUUUUCUAUGGGUAUAUAAUUUUAAUUUUCAUUAUUUUCUAUUUAUAGUAAGCUAGUAAAAAUGGUGAGAAUGCGGCAGCAAGUACAUAUAUACAGUGCAACAAAACAUUUAUUCCAUGUCAUCCAAUUUGACGUUGACAUUUGCGCAUUAUAAUGGCAAAUAAUACUCUGACUCUGACUCUGAGCUCUGACUACAUACAAACGUCAUUCAUGGUGUGCAAAAGACUUAAAAAUGGAAUAAUUUAAACAUAAUUUGUUAGUUUAGUCUAUUAAAGGCUAAUGUAAAUAAUAAGAUUCACAUUUUUACUCGCUUACAACAAUGUGGCCGCUGUUAUGUAUAAGGGUGACAAAUAUUUCAUUCAUUUAAGUACUAAGUUACUAUUAUCAACUGUAAUUGACAUAAGGCAGUUGUUUCUAUGGCAAAAUAACAAUAGAUGAUUUUAAAGGCUCUGAAGGGUUGUCCAGAACCGAUGACAUGUUCUAAUAGUCCAAGAGGCAGCGCUGAAAAAUCUCUUUGAAUUUACUAAAGCUAGAUUUUCACAGGUGAUUACUGUGAUUGUGUAGAGAAACAUACUGCGGUCGGUCAAGCGAAACGUAGAACAGGGGUUACUGAGAGGGUAUCAAAGUUGCUUUCCUACGAAGGUAAUUAAAUCCAUUUACUAAGGCUGAAAAUCAGUACACACAUUCUAUAUUGAAUAUAAAUAAAAGUUAUUAUAGUCGGUCAGCUGUAUGACGGGACAGAGCCUGUCGGCCGGCCCCAGUGAAUGUACAGGGUUAUUCGCUAUAUUUUGACCCCCUUGUAAACUGCUUUAUUUGCAGAAUUAUAAAAAAAUGUAAAAUACAAAAGUUAAUUGAUUUUUAAAGUACAAUUUUUUUACAUAUAUAUCGUACUAGUGACGUCAUCCAUUUGGGCGUGAUGACGUAAUCGACUAUUUUUUGAAAUGGGAAUAGGGGUCGAGUGCUAGCUCAUUUGAAAGGUUAUUCAAUUCUCUAUUCAGUUAUAUAAACAAUAACAUGAUUAAUUAUACAGGGUUUCCAAAAAAAAAAGUUAAUUAAAUUAAUUGUUUAAUUAAUAAUUAAGAAAAAAUUUUGGACACCCUAUAUAAAUAAUGAUCUUAAUGUUUAUAGUACUGUAUAGAAAAUUGAAUAACCUUUCAAAUGAGCUAGCACACGAUCCCUAUUCUCAUUUAAAAAAAUAGUCGAUUACGUCAUCACGCCAGAUGGAUGACGUCACUAGUACGAUAUAUAUGUCAAAAAAUCAUAAUUAAAAAAACGAAUAACUUUUGUAUUUUACAUUUUUUUCUAAUUCUGUAAAUAAAGCAGUUUACAAGGGGGCCAGAAUAUACUGAAUAACCCUGACCGACGGCUCUGUCCCGUCAUGCAGCUGACCGACUAUAAUAACUUUUAUUUAUAUUCAAUUUAGAAUGUGUGUACUGAUUUUCAGCCUUAGUAAAUGGAUUUAAUUACCUUCGUAGGAAAGCAACUUUGAUACCCUCUCAGUAGCCCCUGUUCAUCGUUUCGCUUGACCGACCGCAGUAUGUUUCUCUACACAAUCACAGUAAUCAACUGUGAAAAAUUUAGCUUUAGUAAAUUCAAAGAGAUUUUUCAGCGCUGCCUCUCCGUCUAUAAUAAGUUCUAUUUCAUAAUUUUGUAUUAAAAUUAAUUCAGAGUAAUUUUUUCUGUGAAAUUUUAGAUGAAGCAUAUAAAAAGUCACCCUAGUGCAAGAAAGCAUUUUAAAUUUAUUUAAAAGUAGGGUUAGAGUCUAUUUGGUGGGGGGCAUGACAGCUCGUAUAUCAAUAUGGCCGGAUUAAUUAGUAGGCCAUUGCUAUGUUAUAGUGCUGCCAGCAAACUAAGAGAGUUAUUAAUAUUCAGUUCAGCGGGGUACUGUUGAUGGAAAUGAAUAUUUAAAUAAACAAAGGAUCAUUCCGUUAAACAGGUAGAUCCUUUGUUGAUAGAAUUUCACUGUUUAAAGACUAGCUGCUGGCAGCCCUUUACUUUAUUAAUAACGUUUUGGGGCAACUUCUAAGUAGCUACUCCACAAAACCUUUUGGGAACUAAUUUAAGAAUGAUGAAAUAAACUUUUAUAUACUUCUUUAGCGUUGAACUUUGGUAUUUGUUCGUGUAAACGAGCAACCAUCUUUGAGAAAGCUGUCAAAAAUUUUCUACGCCAAACCGACUCUGCAUCUACCUCCUAUACUGUAAAUUUUAUACAUAAUUCCUUUAGUCUUAAGGGCGUAGGCGCAAAAAUUCACGCCAGUGUGUUUUAAAUGCAUUCAUUUUUUUCGCAUCCUGAGAAAACUAGUAUUUUUGAAAAAUUUAAACGCAGAAUGAAAUAUUACAUUUUACCGAGGGCCGAAAGUCCCUUAGAAUAACCAAAAAGUUUCUUUGCAUUAUUUGAAAUUAAAAAUGAUACUAAAUUUUCUCUUUUUCCCACCCCUGUAACUUACUAAAAUAAACAUAGAAGUUUUCAGUGACUUUCGGCCCUCGGUAAUAAUGCAAUCUUUCAUUCUGCUUUUAAUUUUUUCAAGACUACUUAUUAGUUUUCUCAAGGUUCGAAAAAAAUAAAUGCAUUUAAAACACAUUGGCGAGAAAUUUUUCGCAUACGCCCUUUCGCAGUUACUUGUAUGGUACGAUUUUGUUUGAUCGGUUCAAUCUUGUAAUUGUUACCUAAAAUGUUGCCUAUUGUAUCUUACAAUUGUACAUAAUUGAAUUUAUACUCAAAUUGUUUAAUAAAUAAACAAAAAAAGCAUUUA